UCCAGCUGAGCUUAACGCGCGGAUCACUGAUCCCGCCAGUCGCGAGAUGGCUUUUUGAUGCGGUUAUUUAUUUAUUUAUUUCUCAAAAGCCUUUAAAAGGAACUGCCACCGUUUCGGGGAGGCGGGCGUCAUGACGGGCCGUAAAUUCUCUAAAGAGAAGAAGCGACAUCGCUCCCGUUUAAGCGGCCCAGAGGAAGGAGGCGCCGGCGGCGGCGGCGGCAGCAGCGAAAGGAAACGGCGGAGCACCGAGGCAACCCGCGGCCUUCCGGAGGAAACGAAGUGUAUUGCUCAGGUUCCAGAAAAGAAAGAUGUGGUAGAAGAGCCCAGUGACAUAGAAGAAGGUGGACUAGAUCUGACUGUGCAAUUGAAGCCUGUCAGUUUCUAUAUUACGGACAAGAAGGAAAUGCUUCAGCAAUGCUUUUAUAUCAUAGGGGAGAAGAAAUUGCAGAAGAUGUUGCCUGAUGUUUUAAAGAACUGUUCUAUAGAAGAAAUUAAAAGGCUUUGUCUUGAACAAUUGGACCUUAUGUCUGAAAAGAAGUUACUGAAAAUUCUUGAAGGUGAGAGUGGGGCAGAUUCUGACAGUGAUGAGGAGAUCAAUGGUACUGAAGAAAAGACAAUAGUCGAAUCAGCCAGUCAGCAGGACAAUAGCAUAGAUUCUACUUCUUCUUUGAAGGAAGAAAACAAAUUGGAAGGGCUGGAUUCAAAACAAGGCAAAGGAGAAGAUAGUGAUAUUCUCAGCAUCAAUGCCGAUGCAUACGACAGCGACAUCGAAGGACCAUGCAACGAGGAAGAUAAUCCAGAUGUGCCAGAACGGACGGUUGGAAGUGGAGACAGUCAGAUAGAUGACCUUCAGAAAGACAUUGAGAAAAGCGUCAAUGAAAUCCUGGGGCUUGCUGAAUCCUCCCCAAAGGAUUCCAAGGCGGCAGCUUUAGCAGUUCCUCCAACAGAUGAUGCUCAGCCAUCAGCACAGCAGCUGGAACUCCUGGAGCUUGAGAUGCGAGCAAGGGCUAUUAAGGCCCUUAUGAAAGCUGGAGAUGUAAAAAAAUAGCCGCAGGGCUGUUUCAUUUGUUAGAUAGUUGGAUUUGCUCUGAUGAGUGUAGGGUCAGCUUCUUUCCACUCUACGGUCUAUUUGGACUCGUUUUGAUAUUCCUCAUUCAAGCCCUUUGGGUAUUCUAGCUCAUAGCUGAAAUAGUUGGCAGCAGUUUAUCAGGGCCGUCAGUCUGCUUCUGUGACUUAUAUAAAUGGAUUGGUUUGAUGCUGUGGUUUUUUUUUUCCACAGCUGUUCUUUUCCCCCCAGUUUGGAUUAGAUUAUUUCCCAACGUGAAUUGGAAACAGUCAUUGGCAAUAUGGAUGCAGCUAAGCCCUGUUGCUCUACGGACCAGAAUAAUCCCAGGAUUGGCUCUAGCUUUUGAGGAGUUGAACCUUUGGUUGUUUUUAGGUAGCAGCUAUAACUAAAGGGAAGUAAAAUGUAGAAGCACCACACAUUUAAGAGAGUAUAGACAAGAAGAAUAUCUUGCAUCAUCAUAAUCAUUUAUGAUGCUUUGUGAUUGCUUUGGUGCCAGCAACAAAUGAUUAUAACUCUAUAUGGUUUGAAAUUAAAUUUAAUCCAUGUCCCUCUUAAUGGUGACCUUGGACAUCUCUGUGUUAUCUUAUAUUCUGUACAGGUUAUACUUGUUCAAUGACUGUUCAGAAUUACAGUGGAACUGAAUGAGGGGACCUAUGACCAGUCCUUGAAGUUGCAGUCAUUGCGGCAUCCCCAUGGUUAUGUGAUCACGAUGCGGGUGCUCAAGCACCUGGGCGAGCUGCAGUCACAUGGUCGCCAUUUGCAACCUUUCCUGCCAGCUUGCCACAAGCAAAGUCAAUGGAGAAGCUGGCAGGGAAAGUCACAAACAAUUUUGCAAGUUGCUCUUGCUGCUUUUUCUCCUGAGGAACCCCAUUAGGGAGUAUGAGAUACCAGGGGUUUUGUACUCCAUAGCCUUUCCCAACCACCCUUUCCAGUGCCUACUCCUGGUUCUUGCCAGGCGGCCCACCACUCCCCAUUGGCCACCUGCAGUACCCUCCAUGCUCCUUAUCUGCAUAGUCAUUAAAAGUUACAUGGGGUUACAAAGGCAACUGGAAUUACUGGGAUUGUCAUCCUAAGUGAUGUCUCAUGUUGUCACACGUUUAGUGAUGGCAAUACCAGUCCCAAUUGCUGUCAUAACCCUAUAAAGCAACUUUUGGUGGCUAAGAGUAGAUAAGUAUGUAAAUUGCAGAAUGUAAAUUGAUAGUUAAAUAUAAAUCUUUGAGCGUGGCUUAGAUUGCAUAAUCAAUAUGAUGAAGGUAAAAUGUAAAACUCAAAGGAUGCUACGGAGGCACCUGACUGUUAGAACAAGUGGUACAGAAGUACUUAAUUUCUUAACCUGUAAGGUUCUUUUCUGUUCGUUAUCAGUAAUGUUUUAAAACUUCUCUUUGGCAAAGCAAAAUUACAUUUUCACUUAGUUUAGAGGGAAUUGUGUUUCUUAAAUAUUUGGCUAUUGUGAACUAUAGAGAAGAGUAAUGCAGAUGUGAAAUGUUAAAAGAAAAGUACUUUUGCUUGCACCUGCAAAAUGCUUUGUAGUUCUUUGUUCGGGGCACAUAGCACACCAAUUUGAAAACACAGGUGGAAAAUCAACAUGUACAAAUGACUGACAAUAAAUUGACUUAUUAAGUGUAAAUUCAGGAGCUUUUUUUCAAUAAAUUUUUUUGGGUCUAGUGGGGAAUCCAAAUUGGAGCAAGGCAGCGCAUGCCAAAAGGGGAAGUAUACUGAACUCAGUGUGGUUACUUGCUCUAUGAUACUGCAAAACAGAGAAGGAAUAAAGACAGUCUGGUCAGGAAGCACUCAUUUUAUAUUACCCUGUAUUCUCCCACCUUCUUAAGCCUGGUUAUUUUCUUACAAGGGGAAAAAAAUGAAGAUAAUGGAAUCAGGUAAACAUCAUACUAGAAUAAAGAGACAAAGAUGGGUCGGAAAAAAGGGAAUAACUUUAUUUCCUAGAGUGUGUAGGGCAGCUGACUGAGGGAGAAAUCUAAGGGAGGAAUGAAUAGGAAUUGGCCCUCUGGUGUUUCAGCAAAUCCUGCCUUUAGUUUCCAGAAAUGAUCAGGGAGCCAAACACAUCAGGGUUAUUUAGAAGCCACAUUUAUGGACUCUAGUUAGGUAAUGUUGGUUUCAACAUUUGCAGUUUAAAAAGCAAAAACCUCUAACUGGGAUAUUUCAGCGAGUCCUUGUGAACAACGGAAGGAAUCAUAGGCAAAUGUGAUUGGAAUGGUUUCAUAGAGAUUAUAAUUAUGUUUUUUUAUUAGUUUGGAAAUAUAAAAUUGGUUUAUAUUUGUUUUCAUGUAAGACUUGUUUGGAAAACUGCAUUCAUUAAAUUUGUGAAACCAACACAAUUCAAACAGUUCACUUCUCAGAAAUAUGUAGUAUUAUAGGCCUAUUUAAUUUUGUAUUUGCUCAAUAUUAACAUUAGUUUGGUACUUAAUCACCUGAUUCAUGAAAGUUUUUUUAAUGAACCGUCUAAAUAAUAUUUAAGCCUUAAAGCUCGUUAUUGUUAAGUACUUUUAUUGCAGCAUCUUCUUUUAUGCAACUAUAUAUUAAACAGUUCAUGACUUUGUUUUUUUCAAAAAGUCAGGUUUAGACUCACUGUUGUCUAAAAGAAUACAAUGAGUGGGUAAUCUUUCCCUUCUAGCUCACAGUGCUUCAUACUUUUACAUUUACUUUUACAUUUUGUUUCUAUAUCACUGGAGAAAGCAAUUUUGCUUGGAAGAGUUAGCUGUAAAAGGAAACUAGACUGUCAAAGAACAUGGUGGCUCGACUCUAUCAAAGCUGACACCAGCCAGAGCAUAGAAAAUUGAAAGAAUUCAAGAUCGGAAGAUGUGGAGAGACCUGGCCCAUAGAAUCGCCAAGAGUCGGACACAACUGAACGGAUAACUUCAUGAUCAUCAUUUGUUCCUAUGAGGAAACAAAUGGCUUUCGCCAUCCUAUAACCACCAUCACUAUGUGCAGCAUCUUAAGGAGUAUUAGAACAAGAUUGUCUUCUGUUUUGGCUUCUGGUGGCGUUUACAUCAGUGACAGAUUGGAGAUCGUGAUCGUGCACGGCUUCAAUCCGUGUUUACCCUGUUGGAGGGUCCCAAAUGGGACUGGAUGCACCUCAGAGGGUUGGAGAAAGAGGGGGAGAUUGCCAGCUAGGUCGCAGGGAGCUGCAUCUCCCCUCCCUGGCUAGGUAUACUCCCCUUGAAGAUAGGAGUAAGUGGCUGUCUUUAAUGGCUGCCCUGAAGACGGGAAGCUAUUCGGGAAAUAAGAUUGUGCUGGAACAGAGAAGAUGCAGACAGCAGGGAGACCAGGCAAACUAGUUGACAUAUGGACACUAACCUGGAAUUAAGCUAAAAAGAAAAUUUUAAGAAAGAAAGACAGUAAAAGUGGUGACCAGAGAAAGUGUUGGGGGGGAAUUGACAACUGAAAAUGGCUUUGAACUUUGAAAGGAGCUAGAUUCAAGGAGGAAGCCAGAAGAAAAUACUUGUUUAAAUUGGACAAUAUAUGAUUUUGGCACUAAAUAGGCAAAAUUAAAAGCUGAACUUGAAUGUGUCAAAAAAAAAGAACGUUAAUCGAUAAUUGGAUUUAUUGGAUUUUUGGAAUUUAAAAGCCUUAAACAGAAA